GCUUCCAUCUCGGGCGAACGCGCUCGAUGUCACAACACCGACGAAAACAAAAGCAGUGGGAUCAUCGAUUCCGGGAGAAGGGAUAACAACGACGAGCGCAACACAGCAUAACCCUGCUGCAGUACCGCGCUACAACAAUACUGCGUAAAUUCAACCGCUGCUGCAUUCGUUCGAAAUAAUGUCCGAUCAUCUUCGCGAUCAAUUCUAAGCUGUGCUCUCUCCUCCGAACGAAACAAAAAAGGAAAGUAAUUAACCGAAAUGGCUGCUAUAGCGCUAGGCAUGGUACGUUUGACGUCAUUAGGUGUUUCUAAGGUACCGAAAUGCACUUCCGUCAAGCUGCUUUCUGUGGCACCCCGCUACACAUCCGGCAAUGGAUUCACCAGAUACGUAAGCAGCACGUUGUCGGCAUCGUGCAUCUACAGCAACAAUCGAUGCACCACGAUACGCCAACCCGUUCCAACGUGGUACACCAGUGUCCCAGUGCAAUGGCACGAUGUGCCAGUACGCUCAUUCUCACAGGGUGACAAUUGGGUGCGUCGACAGAAACAACCCGCAAACGAACAACAGCAGGAAAGCGAUGAAUCCACACCCGCACCGGAGAAACUUGGCCUUUUUGCUCGGUUCAAGAAGAUGUACAAGGAGUACUGGUACGUGCUCGUGCCCGUGCACUGUCUUACGUCGGUUAUGUGGUUUGGUGGUUUCUACUACGCUUCCACCAGUGGCGUCGAUGUGAUCGCAAUCCUCGAAUCGCUCGGUGUGUCCGAAGCACUCAUUAACCCGGUGCGAGAUUCCAGCCUGGGCCACAUAGCAAUUGCGUACCUGUUGUAUAAAAUAGCCACACCGGCACGAUACACGGUAACAUUGGGUGGCACAACCGUUUCCAUCAAGUAUCUGGAGCAGUGGGGCUACAUCAAACCGAUGCCUUCCAAGGCGCGGAUGGUGCAGAUGUACAAAGACAAGAAGGAAAGCAUCCAAGAGAAGAUAGCGGAAAAGAAGCAAGACUUCAAGGACCGCAAACAACAGCUGACGGAGAAGAAAAACAAUCUAAUGAGUGAUUUAAAAAUCCAGGAUAAGGACACCAAAUCGGCCACAACGACGGCGACGACCAGUAGCGUAACCGAUAACAAAUAGCGCACCAACAGAUGGUUGCGAUUAAGCGGGUUAGGGUGGUGGUGAUGGUUGCCUUCUUUCUGUUGUUUUCCCACCUGCUUCUAAAGCGAGGUUGUGGAUGCUUAUCGCUGCAGGAGCGUCAUUAUUAGCGUGUUACGAGCCUGCCUAGCGAUUGGAAACCUAAGUGCAAAUACACUUUGUCAACGUUAAGCUUCAAUGUGAACAA